ACGAAAAAUAUAGAAAUAUUGCAAAUGGAGCAGUUUGACAUACCUUCAAGAUUUUACGUGUAUACACAUAAGUGAAAAGAUAUAUUGUGAUUGAUUAUUUAUACAUACAAUAUAGAUGUUUUUAUUCAUCGUUUAUUAUGCAAAUAAAAUUCUGUUAUAAAAUGGCGAAGAACGAUGGCUUAAUGACUUACUAUGCAAACACCACUGAAGAAAAUGAAAGAAUGUUACAUGAAUCAUAUAGGAAAAGUCAAGUAGAAAUUAAAAGCAAGGAGAAUUUUGAACAGUUGUUUAUUAAACUCAAUUACAUUUGUCAAGUAACAUCAACCAAAGAGGAAACACAGUUAAAUUCUUCUUGGUGUAAUAAAAAUGUUAUAAAUUAUAUAUAUGGGCCCAUUUCUGGAUUUCCAUCUGGUUCAUGGUGGGGUAUUCGUAUGGAUUGUUCUAGGGAUCGUGUUCAUGAUCCAUUUGACAAAAAUAUUCAAAAUGGACCAUUUGGAGUUACUUCAAUCUGUACCUCAAGUGUUAACCUAAACGAAGAUGUAGAUCUUGGUGAUUUUCUUACUCUCACAGGACAAAAAUAUCUUGAUGGAAAAUUAGACAAAGAUCCACUUAUUAAUAAUUAUGAAAAUCAAAUACCAGUAAGAUUAAUAAGAAGUUAUAAUUUACUGAAUCAAUUUGCACCUAAAACAGGUUAUAGAUAUGAUGGUUUGUACAUUGUAACAAAUUUUUGGAUAGGUAUUAAUUCAGAUUCUGUAAAAAAUUAUAAAUUUGCCCUAUUACGUUUAAGUGAUCAAGAUCCACCAUCAUGGAAUAUUAAACAGUCUCCUUUAAGUAUAAGUACUCCUAUUUCUAAUUUACAUUCUGCAUCUACACCUUCUCGAAAUUGUUUAAAGAAUUCUGUUCAAAAUUUAUAUGAAUUUAGAAAGUACUCUCAUAGUUCUGAACCUAUAGGUCAAAAAAGAAAACAUGAAAAAUCAAAUGGAUUCUCACCAUUUCCAAAUUUUGAAAAUAAAAAAGUAGAUGAAAGAGAAAAAGGUACACCUGAAAGUGCAAUAGUGACACGUCAUGUGUUUAAAAAAGUAAAUAUAAAUACAGAAUGUACAUUAAACACACCUAACAUAUCUGUUAUGUCAGAAAAUAAAUCAUUAACUCAUAUUGGAAACCAAGGAUCUAAAACUCAUAAUACAAAUAUUUCCAUACGUACGGGGUUAUAUAAUUCGUCGCAUAAUACGCAACAUGACAAUAAAAAAAGUACUUCAUCACCAUUUAGUAGGACAGCUAAAUCACUUAAUGUUCUUAAAAUUAAUCAACAUGUGGAAAAUUGGAAUUUGCCCAAUAAAGAUAAAACUAAGAAUCUAGAAGGAAAAGCUCAAAUAAUCACAUCGAGUGAAUUUCCUAAACGUAUUAAUUAUAUUUCAUUUAAUAUGCUAAAACCAGAAUCAGUAAAAUUAAAAUUUGCUAAAGAUACCAAUGCAGAAGUAAACAGUAGUACAAAUGGUACAAGUUCAAAUUCUUGUUACAAACAUGAAUGUAAUAUUACACAUAGAGAAGUAACAAAUGAUUCAUUUGAUACAUCAACUAACACUUUAAAUUUGACAAAUUGUAUGUAUAAAAAUGAAACAUCGAUUCACACAGCGGUAUCCAAAGAAAUAAAGGAAUUGAAAUCGCUUGAUUCCUUAGAUUCAUUGACACCAGAUAAAAUCCUACAUUUGAUUAACAACAAGGAUCAUCCUUUAUCAAAAUUAUUAAUGGGUAAUAUGAUAGGACUAACGUCAGAACAAUCUAUAGCAUUAAAUACAGAGGAUUCAAUAAUAACCCAGUCAGAAGUCAAAGAUAAAAUAAUUAUACAAAACAAUAGCAAAGACGACAUAAAAGCAAAAACAAAUUUCGAAGCUAUUUCAGAUGAUUUAAUUGGAUCAAGAUGUUAUAAAUUCAGGAGACGUAGAAAAUUAUCCAGGAAAAUAAUGAAUAAAUCAGAAAUGAUAAGAUAUAAUAAAAUACACAAUGAAAAAUUGAAGAAAGGGUCUGCACAGCCUUCAGGUAUUGUAGGACAACAUUUAUUGUCUCUCAACAAAUGUAAUGAUUCUCAAAAGAAUACACAGAAGAUAGAUAUUUGCAAAGACCUAGAAAAUAAAACAGUAAAACAGAAUCAUGUACAAACAAAGAGUAUUAAAAAGAAUGUUGUAAAUAAAAGUGAAACAAGGAUGCAUUUACGAGCUAUGAGAACAAUUAAUUCCUCAAUAAAGAAACAUAUAAAUAAAAAGCAAAGAAGAGAAAUUACAAAUUUAUUAAUAGAUGCGAAAAUUGGUCCAAAAAUACGUGGACCGCGAUAUAGAAGAUUGCGAUGUAUUAAUAAUACGUACGCAAAACAAUCGUACGAACGUUUUGAUAGUGCAAUGUGCAUGUUAAACAAGUGCAAAAUUAACUCAGAAAGAUCUGGUUUUAAGAAUAGAAAUAAACUUGCAAAAAUUACUAGCUGUAAACGUGUUAAAAGUAAAGAAACUGCAAAUGUUAAAAGAUCAGAAACAUUAAAUAUAAAACAGAAUAAAAUUAACAGAAAUCUCACUGUUUCUAAAAUGAUAGAUAAGCAUCAUAUAGCAAGAAAAUUUGUUAACAAUAAUAAUGACAAAGCAGAAAACAAUAAUAGUAACUAUAAUAAUAUCAAUAGUGAAAAUGACAAUAAAAAGAAAUCAAAAUUUAUAGAGAGUAGUAUUAAUAUUGUCGACAAUAAAGAUGCAAUGAAUAUUAAAAAUCGAAAGAGGAAACUGAUACAAACAGUUUACACAGAUCCAAAAUAUAGCAAAAUUGAGGAAAAAUUGCAGAAGAGCUGUGGAAAAGAAAUUUCAAACCCCUGUAAAACAGAUGCCGUUACUCAGUGUUCUCUCAUUAAAGAACCAUUAAAAAAAAAUUCAAAAUCAAAUGAAAUUGUCAGUAACGAACAUUACACUUUCAUUAAAAUAGAAUAUGGUGAUUUUAAAGACAUGAAAUCCGAAGCAUGUGAAACUAUGAAGCCGAAUGACGAAAAUAAAAAGCACUCAACGUCUCGAUCUAAUGGAAAAUAUAUAUCUUGUACAGAAACUGCAUAUAAUAUACAGCAUACUAAAGAUGCAACUGUAUCAAUAAAUAGUAGUAUUUUGAAUACAAAACAACAAAAUAAAUUAUCACCAGAAAGAAUGUCUGCAUUUGUUCCUGUUAACAUUCUGGAUAAUGAUGUAAAAAUUGCUCGCCUAAGGUCAAUAGGAUUUAAACCAAUUAAUUUUAGUAAUAACGAUGAAGACAUCAACAAUCAUAACAAAGGAAAUGAAGUAAUAAAACAAAAUGUUGCUGAAAAAUAUAAUAAAUACACAAAUGAAGAAAAUGAUAUUGUUGUAUAUAUGGAUGAUGAGUUACAAUAUCAAGACAUUGAGAACGAAGACAAAAAUUCCUUAUCUAUUACAUGCAAAGCAUCAGAUUCAAAGGUAUACACGAUAAAGGAUGAACGAUUAAAUAAAAUGAUUUUAGAAACAGAGUCAUAUAACAGUUCCCUAUUGGAACAAGAUUUAGAAUCACCUUGGCAUGGGUGGAAAAAAGUUGUAACAAACAAAGAUACAUACUGGGUUGGUUGGUAAAUAAAUUACAAUUUAAUGUUGUACGUAUUGAAUCAUUUGUAUUUUAUAUAUAUACACACAA